AUGGCGCCAAAACAGGCGACGUUGGGCAAGUUCUUUGGCCAGGCAAAUGGGGCCAAGCCAAAGGCGCCGACUCAGCAGACGAAGUUGAGUUUUUCGACCAAGGCGGCUGAUAAUGCCAAGAAGAAUGUCGAAGAGGCUAUUUCGAAGGAUGAGGACGUGAAAGAGGAGUCAAAAGAGGAGGAGGAAGAAGUUGAGAAGGUUGAGUCGGACAAAGAGACCAGCAAAAAGAGAGGACGGCCUACGAAAUCAGCUGCAGCUGCGAAGAAGGCUAAGAAGGAAGCUGUUGAGGAGGAAGACGCCGAGGUAGUGGCCCCUGCCAGCAAGCGAGCAAGAAGGGGAAGAAAGGUCAUUGAGGACGAGGAGGACGAAGCCAUGGAGGAUGCGCCAGAACCGGAGCCCAAGAAGACGAAGAAAACCGCCUCUCCCAAGAAGGCUGCCUCCCCAAAGAAGUCCGCUUCCCCCAAACCGAAAUCACCGCGGAAAAGGGGCGCCGAGACAGCAUCAGUCAUGAAGACAAGGGCUGAGGAGGACACUCCCGAGUCAUCUUCCGAGGUUGAAGAGGAGGAGAUGCAAGACGAGGAAGAAAAGCCUGAAGUCGCGGCCAAAGUCCGCCAAAAGGUUCAGGCCAGCCUCAAGUCGGAGGUCAAGCAUCCAUAUCCGGAUUGGAAGAAGGGUGAUCCAGUGCCGUACGCUGCGCUCUGCACCACCUUUUCCCUGGUGGAGCUUACCACCAAGAGGCUCGAGAUCAUGGCACACUGCUCCCUGUUCCUGCGCCAGGUUUUGAGGCUCACACCAGAUGACCUUCUAUCAACUGUUUUACUCAUGAUCAACAAGCUUGCCCCUGACUACGCGGGUAUCGAGCUCGGAAUCGGUGAGUCGCUGAUUAUGAAGGCGAUAGGCGAGUCGACUGGGCGCAGUUUGGCGGUCAUCAAACAGGAUCAGAAGGAGAUUGGCGACCUUGGCCUGGUUGCCGUCAAGUCCAGGUCCACGCAGCCCACGAUGUUCAAGCCCAAACCGCUCACGGUACAGGGUGUCCUCAAGGGACUCAUGGGAAUCGCCACGGUGAACGGCAACGGCGCGCAAGGCAAAAAGGUGGAUGGCAUCAAGAAGCUCCUAUCAGCGGCCGAUUCGACUGGAAACCGCAAGGUAGACAUUACCAAGGACAAAGGCGGCCCGAGCGAGGCGAAGUACAUCGUUCGCUUCCUAGAAGGUAAGUUGAGACUUGGGCUGGCCGAGAGGACAGUUAUUGUCUCGCUUGCGCACGCCAUUGUGGCGCACGAGGCGGCGCAGAAGGGUGGAGUGCCCAGUCCCGACGAUAUCACGAAGGGGGAGUCGAUUCUCAAGACGGUUUACAGCGAACUGCCCAGCUACGAUAUCAUCAUCCCCGCGAUGGUGGAGCACGGCAUCCAGAACCUCAGAGAGCACUGCAAGCUGCGGCCUGGUGUUCCCCUCAAACCCAUGUUGGCGAAACCUACCAAGGCCAUCACCGAAGUCCUAGACCGCUUCGAAAACCAGACCUUCACAUGCGAGUACAAGUAUGACGGCGAAAGAGCGCAGAUCCACUAUGUCGCCAAGGACACAGACGAGGAGCUCAGUCAGUCGGCAAUGAGCGUCACCAAAGAGGUUGGCAAGGGUGUGGCUGCCAUCUUUUCGAGAAACUCGGAAGAUCUGUCCAAGAAAUACCCCGACGUUCUCGCUAAGCUUCCCACCUGGGUCAAGGAGGACACUAAGAGCUUUGUCUUGGAUUGCGAAUCUGUAGCCUGGGACGUCCAGGAGAAGAAGGUUCUGCCCUUCCAGCAGCUCAUGACGCGGAAGAAGAAGGAUGUCAAGGUGGAAGACGUCAAGGUCAAGGUGUGCGUGUUUGCCUUUGACCUGCUCUACCUGAACGGGGAGGCGGUCGUUGAGAAGUCCCUGAGGGAGCGCCGCGAGCUAUUCCACAAGGCCUUCCAACCCGUUGAGGGCGAGUUUUCGUUUGCCACAUCCAUGGACGGCCAGGAGCUUGAUGAUAUCCAGACGUUCCUCGACGAGUCGGUCAAGGCCUCCUGCGAGGGUUUGAUGGUCAAAAUGCUGGAUGGCGAGGAGAGUGGGUAUGAGCCGAGCAAGCGGAGUCGGAACUGGCUGAAGAUCAAAAAAGACUACCUCUCUGGCAUCGGCGACUCUCUCGACCUCGUCGUCCUCGGCGCCUACCACGGCAAGGGCAAACGCACCUCGGUCUACGGCGCGUUCCUUCUGGCUUGUUACAACCCGUCUACUGACACAUACGAGACGGUGUGCAACAUUGGCACGGGCUUUAGCGAGGCUGUGCUUGAGGAGCUGCACGGCGCCCUCUCCCAGAUCGUCAUCGACCGCCCCAAGCCAUUCUACUCACACAGCUCCGGCGGACAGCACCAGCCCGACGUCUGGUUCGAGCCGAAGUAUGUCUGGGAGGUCAAGACAGCCGAUCUGACGCUCAGCCCGCGGUACAAGGCGGGGAUGAAGGAGGGUGUUGACCCCGGCGGCGAGAAGGGGAUCAGUCUACGGUUCCCCAGAUUUAUCAAGAUCCGUGACGACAAAAAGCCGGACGAGGCGACCAGCAGCCGGCAGGUGGCAGAAAUGUACUGGAAGCAGGAGAGCGUGACCAAGAGCAAGGGGCCGGCGGUGGAUGAUGAUUUCGAGUAUUAA